UGCCGCUCACAGCAUGAAUAUUGCAAUUAAAGUCUAGCGUUUCUAAACAUUUAUAAAUAACAAAAGUACCAUGUUUACGCACCAGAAAKAGCUCGUCAAUUCUCGGCGCCGUAUAGUUUGCGCUUUGGAUAGUUUUUCAGUCAAGGGUUUUGUUUUGACCUGUUUUGGUGGGUUGAAAUGAAUAACGUCGCAAUUGUGUUCAGUUUUAGUCGGCGGUUGGGUUUCGUGCAGUAAGGUUUACUUGGAAACAAAGUGGCUGGUCACGUAAGGGUACAGACUUCGUUUGACAAACUCUUGUCAUUUUACAACUUUACUAAGACCGAAAGGGGCUAUGGGUAGACAACAUUGUCGAAGCUAAAAGACUAAGUACAGAUUUCCCAAUGUUCAUUUCGGCCAUUUAAGGUAACUCGACUGCGACAAUGUUAUGUCAAAUGCUGUAUACCCACAGCUGUCUUCUCUAUAUGAAGAGUCCAGAACUCAUUGUUUAGUUUAGCGAGCGUUACCUGGCCCUACAUAUAUAUACACCGGGAGACUGACCAGGGUACUUUCAAUCGAGAGCAAAGCUCUUUGGAUGCGCUGGCAACCAGGAAUUUUUGGAAACUCUUUCUCAACCAAAACAAUUGAAGAACCAGACAACAACAACCUGUACUGCCGUACUCAGGACCUACUCGAGCGUAUUUGUCAAAAUGGAAACCGCCUUACUCUAUUCGGCCAGCAAUUGCUUCCCCUCUUUGAAUACCCAGAAUCCCAAGAGAGUAAUGUUUCUACCUCGUCUUACCUUAAAUCCGAGGAGUAUCUGAAGGAAACCAUUCCCGCAGCAGACGCCCUGAUCCUUCUUACAUCUGAGGAUACUAACCACUGCAUCCUCCCUCAAGUACAAUGUUUCAUGAAUCGUCAGCCCAAGAAUCACAGCUACUACUCGUGGACCGCGUAUGGWUUCAAGUGUCUUUUGAUUGGAGGCUCUGUGCACAGUCGGCAGGCUGCGAUCAGUCUUCGACACUUGCUCGAUGAUUCGGAUUAUCCAUUUGUUGGUCGAGUCCUUCCCGAUCCCUGUUCCUUCGAGGAAUUUUAUGACAUAGAUCCGUCAUGUGAAACGGAAGAACCAUUUCCUUUGUAAUGGUAUGGAUUCAUUUUAUACUGGAAUAAGAACAUUUGUUCCCGYGAUACUUCUGUACAAAGCGUUCAUAAUAUAUGACUGAUAUACAUUUGAUUUAAUAAAACCUAAAA